CCUCCGACAAUGAGAAAGGUUGUGAAGUUUAAUGUCGGCGUUAAAGAGCCGUAGUAACUCGUUAGCCGGACUAACACUAGACGCUGUUCUUGGCGGUGAGAUCGUUAUUCAACCAUCAUCUCCACCAUCACCACCGCAAAACGCAAUCGUACCGCAACGCACAACAACAACACCAAGCCAAACGCUAUUCGAUAUCAUACGCUACGAAUACGAGAAGGAAGAGCACAAAGACCGAACCACGUGGCAGAUAUUCCGCGAAAAACUCCGCCUCAAACGAACCGGUUCCGCUUGGACCUCGUCUUUUCACAUCCCCGCCUCGGAUAUCCUUAUCCCCAAUCCCAAACACAUCGCAGCAGAGUUUCGAUCGCAGUCCAACGAGCUAGUCCACGCGAUCCCGAUGUCGGAUCCACCUGGCUCAUCAGGACGCGGGAUGUUCACUCGCGGAUCUUCAAUGCGGGUCGGGUCGGGUAAAAACCCGGAGAGUAAUUUCGCCGACGUGAGCAUCCCGGGAGACGGACCGCCGUCGAGCAGCUUCAAACCGCAGCUAUCGCGGCACGAUUCCGUCAGAGAUCACGGAGACGGGGACGACGAUAAGAUACGCCGUCAUCCAGUGGUGAAGUUCGUCGACGAGAGGCAGAUGUCGGCGAGGGAAGCCGUCGCGGCGCAGGAAGCGGCGGAGGCGGAGGCCGCGGCGGAUGCAAGCGACGACGACGAUGAGGAGGAGGAUGAGGAGGGAUAUGGUUCAGGAGAAGCGGAGGAGGAGGAAGCUUCUGCGCCGAAGCAGACGAUGUCGCUGAUGGAUCUUUUGGAGGAGACGGAUAGGCAGAUGGGGUUGACGGGAGCAAGAUACGCCAUGGAUGAUGAAGAAGAUUACGAAGACGACGAAGAGGAGGAAGAAGAAGAUGAUGAUGGAGCAGAAGGAGAGGUGAGUUGCUGUGUUUGUCAGGUGAAGAUCAAAAGUGCGACCUUUACGCUGUGUGGUCAUACGUUUUGUAAGCUCUGUUCUAAAGAGCUUAUGGCUCAAAAAGGCCAUUGUCCUGUUUGCACCACCUUCGUCCUCGAAUUCCUCGAGAUCUUUUAGAAAGUUUGGAACUUUUUAAUUUUUUUUCUUACAUCAAAAAAAUCCACAACUUUUAUUGGAUGAGACUGACUGUUAA